GUGUCCCUGUGAAGAGUUGGAUUUCUGAAUCUGGAGGAGCUGUGGAUACUUGCUUUCUGUUUCUCGGCUUUUCUGCCAGCAAUCAUAGCUGCAGCCUACCAGUUCUAAAAUAACGGACUUGUCCGAAUGAAAGAAGCAUAUGGCACCUGUGAAGUUAAAUGUCUCUCCUCCUCUCCACUUGGGCCUUCCGCUGGAGACCUGCCUGUGACUGCACCUGUGACCCACGCUUUUCCCGUCUACUGACUUUGGUUACAGGAAAGCCUCUGAAGAUUGCUGUCAAAAUCUCCUGACUUUGGUUACAGGAAAGCCUCUGAAGAUUGCUGUCAAAUGACGUCAAUGGCCAGCUUGUUUUCUUUCACUAGUCCAGCCGUGAAGCGAUUGCUGGGCUGGAAACAAGGUGAUGAGGAAGAAAAAUGGGCAGAAAAGGCAGUCGAUGCCUUAGUGAAAAAGCUGAAGAAGAAGAAGGGUGCCAUGGAGGAGUUGGAGAAAGCCUUGAGUAGCCCAGGACAGCCCAGCAAGUGUGUCACUAUCCCCAGGUCCUUGGAUGGACGCCUACAAGUUUCUCACAGGAAAGGCUUACCCCAUGUUAUAUAUUGUCGUGUUUGGCGUUGGCCAGAUUUACAGAGUCAUCAUGAGCUAAAGCCAUUGGAUAUUUGCGAAUUUCCUUUUGGAUCUAAGCAAAAGGAAGUUUGUAUCAAUCCGUACCACUAUAAGAGAGUGGAGAGUCCAGUCUUACCGCCAGUGUUAGUGCCUCGUCACAACGAGUUCAACCCACAACACAGCCUUCUGGUUCAGUUUAGGAACCUGAGCCACAACGACCCUCACAUGCCACACAACGCCACGUUUCCAGAUUCUUUCCAACAGCCCAACAGCACCCCUUUUCCCUUGUCUCCUAACAGCCCCUAUCCCCCUUCCCCCGCCAGCAGCACAUACCCCAGCUCCCCAGCAAGCUCUGCACCAGGAAGCCCAUUCCAGCUCCCAGCUGAUACGCCUCCUCCUGCCUACAUGCCGCCCGAGGAUCAGAUGGGUCACGACAGCUCCCAGCCCAUGGACGCCAGCAGCAGCGUGAUCCCCCAGAUCGUGCCCAGCAUAUCCAGCAGGGAUGUCCAGCCUGUUGCCUAUGAAGAGCCCAAACACUGGUGUUCAAUUGUCUACUAUGAGCUAAACAACCGAGUUGGGGAAGCUUUUCAUGCAUCUUCUACUAGCGUGUUAGUAGAUGGAUUCACAGACCCUUCAAAUAACAAAAGUAGAUUCUGCUUGGGAUUGUUGUCAAAUGUUAAUCGUAAUUCAACUAUUGAAAAUACUAGGCGACAUAUUGGAAAAGGUGUGCAUCUGUACUACGUUGGUGGGGAGGUGUACGCCGAGUGCCUUAGUGACAGCAGCAUCUUUGUGCAGAGUCGGAACUGCAACUUCCACCAUGGCUUCCACCCUACCACUGUCUGUAAGAUCCCCAGUAGCUGCAGCCUCAAGAUUUUCAACAAUCAGGAGUUUGCCCAGCUUCUGGCUCAGUCUGUCAACCAUGGAUUUGAGGCUGUGUAUGAGCUCACCAAGAUGUGCACCAUUCGAAUGAGUUUUGUCAAGGGCUGGGGCGCAGAGUACCAUCGGCAGGAUGUGACCAGCACCCCCUGCUGGAUUGAGAUCCACCUCCAUGGGCCGCUCCAGUGGCUGGAUAAAGUCCUUACUCAGAUGGGAUCGCCUCUCAACCCCAUUUCCUCUGUCUCAUAGUGCAGAAGCACUCUUCAACUCUAUCUUAGCGGACUUGUUUUAAUUUUAGAGGAAUUUCCAGUACAGAUACUGUGAGCUGAUAUGGAAAAACAGAUAUUAUGGCUUAUUUUUUCUACAUAAUUGUGACCAACACAUUUGUAUUUUGUGAUGAAUUUACAUUUGUUUGUAUUCAUGUUCGUUGUGAUUAACUUUCAAAAGUAUUGUAAACAAUGUUGAGUAUUUUGCCCCCAUUGAGAAGUUUGGCAUUGACCUUAAACUGGAACAUGCUUGUGUUUAUUGUCCCAAGAGUUUUUAAUUUGUUAAUUUUUUACAAAGUAGUGCAUCACAUAAUGAAGAUUUAUCCUGUAAGAGGGCAAAAACACACAAAAACUCCUAGGUGAUAUGUUUCUAGUAAUUUCUUUGUCCUAUCACCUUUGAAAAAGCAUCGUACAUUGUUUUGCAAAGACAUGGUAGAGGCUUAAAGGAAACUGUUGACUCUAAUUUGAAGGACACUGUGCACUCCUAACGUGACGUUCAGUGACAGCAAGAUGGUGGAUUUCUAGAUGUCAUACAGAGACAUUUAAUAUAGCUAAGUGUUUGUCAAUGUAAUGUGACUUUGUGCUAUAUAUCAUUUGUAAAACAUUUCCUUUUUAAAAAUCUCUAUUAUAUGUCGUUUACUCAAGUUUGUCAUAAGUUUUACUUAACAGUUACAGUGUGUGCACGGCCUUGUUCAGCUGUGUUUGCUGCUUUGGGCCAGUGUUUCAAGAACUCUAAUUUUAAUGUGCAUUAAUCUUUUCAUUUUGCACUUUUAUGGGUGACAGGUUUUAGUGUAACCUCUGGUAACACGCAGUCAGGUGAUCUGGUCUUAGAUCUUCUCUUUCCCUCCUUGGCACUCCUUUGCAUCAACACUGCCAUUUAGAGACUACAGUUGUAGAACAUGAUGCUUUGCUAGCUUUUAAUUUUCAACCUAAUUUUGAAGGUGUUAUUCUGUAGCUCCUACCAAGGUGCCUGCUAACUCCCUACAAUGUUAUGGGUGUUAUUAAUGUUGAAAGGCCAUGUACUUAAUACCACUGCUCUUACACCAGACUUCUCAUACAAGGACCUAUGCAGUGUAGCCGUCAGAGGCUUUUGGUUGGGCCCCGAGGAUGAGGCUGCUUGCUGGUGUGAUUGUGAGUGAAUCAUCAGAGGGGUUGGGACAGCUCAUUUCAAACUUCUGUAACAAAGAAUGUAGACUUGUCUCUCUUCGUGCCGGUGCUCUGCCUUUUCUUUUUUAUCCUUUUAGAAUCCACAUCGAUGCUAGUCUCCAGAACACCGACUUCUCAGACACAAGACGGGGGUGCUGUAAGACACCUGCUCAGUUCCCUAUGCCGUUGGCCUUAGGACCCGAAACCACUUUCUAGGGAGCAAAGGAGAUGGAUGGUUGCGGCCUAAGAAUGAUCAAGAAGAAAGCGACCUGAUUUCCCUGUCAGAAUGAGAAGCUUGGUUUUCUAACGACAUUUGAUUCUGCUGCUGAGAUUGUUAUUUUGGUUUGACUUUUUAUAGUGCCCUUCCUGCCUUAAUGAGGAAGGCAUAGCUUUUUUUUGGGGGGGGGGAGUCCUUUUGUUUUCUGUGUCGUUAUUUAUUGCCUCUCAGAGUAUAGUCAUUUGGAUGGCUUUGCUCCUUCAAAGGAAGUGCUUUGCUGGGUCUUCAGUAUAAGUAUUCCAUAGCAUAUAUUUUCAGAUUUGCAGAGUGUAUCAGCCCCAUGAAAAAGAAUAUCUGCUUUGUAAUUGUUCUUUUAUUUAGCAGGCUCAUGGUACAGUCUUUAAGAGCAAGGUUGUAGGAAGCCGUCUGGAGUUGAAUGCUAGGUCCAUGUCAGUGAGCUCUGCUGAAGUCUGGAAGCAAGUGCCUUGCUCAUUCCUUUCUUUACCAGGGGGGUUAUGUGUUGUUUCUCCAGAGUCAUCAUGUCACAGCCUUCCUGGUUGCAGGGUGCUAUGUGAUCCGCCUUCUGUGGAAUGGCAGGACUAAAGCUCUUAGCUGUUCAGAGUUUCUUGGAGAAGUACAAAUCUGUUUCUUACAAGAUGUCAACAUCCCCUGUGAUCUGUAAAUGAGCUCCUCUAGUGUCUAAGGAUAUACUUAUGUCUGUGUAGAAGAAGAAAGUGCUCAUAAGGUAAAAACAAAAUGCAUGCAUCUCUGGCCUGCCAAAGGCAGUACUUCUAAAGAAGCUAUUCGAGAAAAGUGUGGCUCUAACUUGGUGUUUGGUGCAGGAAAUGUUGGCCAUCAGACCCAGAACAGCAGCACUGGUACAGUCCCUCUGUGAUGAGUCUCAUGUGGUCCAGGCUGGCAUUCAACAUACGAAGUUGCUGAGGAUGGCCUUGAGUUCUGAUCCUUCUGUGUGUACCUCCCAAGUGUUAGGAUGACAGACACCCACCAUCAUACCCAGCUUCUGUGGUGCUGACGAUCAGACUCAGGACUUCAUGCAUGCUAGGCGCGUGCUCUGCCAACUGAGUGACAUCUUUAGUUCAGUGUUGACAUUUUUAGCAUGCAAAAUACAUUAAUAUAUGCCAAAUAAAAAGAUAGAUUUGCAAAUAAUGAAAAUUGCCAUCAGUUUGGUGGAUUCUGCAAAUGGCAGAAUCAGAAUCUCAGUCACUAGAAAAAAGCAGUACCUGAGAGGUCCAUUUGACUAGUGUAUCUAUCUACAGGGUAGCAUGAUGGCCUGGUUGUUGUUAGCAAACUAAAUUUAUUACCUGUAAACUAGUAGGCAUGCUGUUGGCCUACCAGAACCACUACUAUACUUGAGAGAAAAUUGUAGGAAGAAACAAGUUUUAAAAUAGCAAACAAAUAGAAUAUCAAUCUUUUUUUUCUGUAAUGUUUCAUGGUUGUUGGUAUGAAAAAAGUUGUUGUAGAAGUAUCUGGGUUGCUUAUGAGACCAGUAUUAAGAUUGCUAGAUAUAACCCUCAGCCAGCCACACUAAUAAUGCAGGUAGGAAAUGUGCCGUUGUUUAUAACGAUUGAAAGUUAAGACACCUUUGGGGGAUAUAAAUGACAGUGACAUGGCAAUAUGAAAUAUAUUGUCAAAGUAAAACCUGGGGGGCUUACCUUGCACAGCCUCUCUACUGCCUGAGAGGACCUGUGGGAAACAAUUCCUUCCCUUGCCAGUAGUGCCUUUGGGAAGAGAGAGAUAUAAAACAAUCUUACUGUUGGAGAGAAACCGAGACAGGUGGGCAUGUCAAGUUUUGUGCUUGCACUCCAGAGAGCACCAGGGCGGCUCUGAGGGUCCUAUCUCCACGUCCCUAGUCAUUUCCCUUGGAGUACUUGGGUCGUUUUCCUAUCUCAUUAAAAGUUGUGUCUCUUUUGCUUCCUGAAGAUGAAAGACUCUUGAAAAUCAUUUUUUAUUUAUUUCUUUGGGUUUUUUGUUGUUGUUUUGAGACACAGUCUCUUUGUAUAUCCCUGGCUAACCUGGAAAUUACUGUGUAGGCUAGCCUCAAACUUGGGGUAAUUCUCUUGCCUCUGCUUCUGAAGUUCUAGGAUUACAGGCAUGUGCCCCAGGUAUAGUGCUCUCUGCUGGUUUGUAAAGUUCAGCCCCUGCUGAUGGUUUGCAUGGAGACCUUUGAAGUGCUCCGAACCCCUUUCUUUGUCUUAACAAGUCAGUCCUCUGCUACCUGGGGUCUCCGUAAAAAUGUGUGUUCUCUGUGUACACAGAGCUAAACAAGCAGACAGCUUUUAAAGUAGGUAACCUGUGGGUUUAGAAGCAUUUCAUGAUUUUAGGGGAGGGAGUUUUCCUAAGUGGUGGUUUAUAGGUGGCCCCAAUACUAACUAGGGUGACCUUUUGAAGGUAAUGGCCAGUUAAGUGGCUGUUACCCUCAUAGCAGUAGGGUUUUAUCUUUUGGAAGGUACCAAUUCUUCGAAGUUUUUCUUGUUCAAUAAAAUGCAUGUAUAGGAAGUGAAAGGCAUGUGUUGUACACUAGCCGAGCAUUCUGUCUGCUGGACACACACUUGGGCAUAACUGUUUGUCGUCAGGCCGUGUGUCACUGGGUCCUUAGGGAAAGGAGGGUCUUUCCUGGUUGGAGCUGGAGCUCAGUGGUGGAUAGAGCACGUCCCUAGCAGGCAUGAAGCCCUGUGUUCAGUCCCCAGCAGUGCACAAAACCAAAUGAGACAGAUACAGAACACAACUGUACUAUAAUUGAUGUGGCCACCCACAGCUGGAUGGCAUGCCGGAACUGAGGACAGGAAAUUCAUAGUGGCAUUUUUAAAAAGUGGGAAUGCCUGUUAAAACAUUUAGCUGGUGACAGUUGCUGUUCAGCGAUGACCUCUUUCUUACCCUGCAAAGAUCCAGUCCCAAAGCCGACUUUGCCCUCAGAAGAGAGAAGUUUGUGUAGUCCCUGUCCAGGUAACUUAGUUCUAAAUUUUAAAUUUAGUUCUUAGUUUAAAAUUUUUAAAGUCAACAUAAACAGUUAUCAUUUAAGGAGUUGUUUGAAGUUGCUCUUUUUAAAAAGCUCUGAAUUUUGUGUGCAGGUAGGAUGCCUAUCUGCUCCCUCCCCAGCUGUAGGUCAUGCCUUUGUUACUGUGAACUGGUGUUAGGCCAAAGAGUUAGUCCCAACUCCUUUAGAAAGGAAGUCUUUUAAGUCGGUCGGUUGUGCUCUUCUGAUACCAUUUGCAAGGCCAAUGCGUUGGCAUUGUCAUAGGAGCUAAAGCAUGGCUGUUGGCCAUGGUAGCCUCUAACAUGGCUGCUUAAAGAUGCAGUGUAAGUUUAUUUAAAUUCGGGUAAGACUAUAAUCAUGGAGAAUGCAUAGCUUGUGUGCACCUGUCUGCCUUCCUCAAGGAAGUGAUCUCAUGUGGAUGGUGAAGAGCAAACCGAUGACUGGCUGCACUGUGGUCUGCUUACAUGUAUUGGUCCUGCUUCUGUUCCUGUUGUAGAAAACGAAACUAGCCGCACGCUUCAACUCUGCUACUUUUGAUACUUACAGAAAUGUAUUAGGUUUUGCUAUAUUGUGCUUCUCAAAGCCAUAACUCUUAAGAAAUUUGUUUUUGCAUAUUGUUUGCUAAUACUUUAUUUUAAUAAAUCUCAAAAUUUG